ACGAGGAAGCAGCUGAGGAACCGAGUAUUAUAAAUCUGUCAAUCUGUGCCAAGUCUCCCAGCACGAUGGAAGCAGCAUGUCAUUUCUGUCACGACCGGGAGCGGAAUAAGGACAGCGGAGAACUCCUGAAACUACCGGACGAUACCGUUAUUGCUCAUUACAAAUGCAUGUUAUUUUCACCAAAGACGUUUACAUCACACUCAUCUGAAAGUGUUUUGCGGGGAUUUAAUGUGAAGUCCGUCAAAAAGGAAAUAAAACGUGGAAAAACAGUGAAAUGCUGUCUGUGUAAGGAAUAUGGAGGGACCAUUGGAUGUAACAUAAAAGCAUGCAGGAGGACGUAUCACUAUUCGUGUGUAAAGGAGGCUGGUGGUAAAUAUAUCAACGAUGAUAUUAAAGAGAAAUAUGAGAUAUAUUGUUCGGAACAUAAAGAUUAUGGAAACAGGGAAUCUUUGGGAAACUUUGUGAAGAUAGCUCCAAAUGGUUUGGAGGAGGAUGUAGAUGGUGAUGAUGAUGAUAACUCAAAGAGUGCGGACAAUAAAUUAACUUCAUCUGCUAAAAAGAGGAAAAGGAUACGUAAUAAUACUGGAUUUCCAAGAAAAAGGAGGAGAACACAUUCUAAAGGUGUAGCUGCACAAGAUGAAAACAUACUACCGGGUAAUGGCUAUAAUCCGGAAAUGUUGCAAAAUGAGCCAUCUACAUCUUCAAAUGUACAACCAGGAACUAGUGGAUCAAAUAGUGACAAACAGAGUGAUUCUGAAACUGAUGAUGAAUUUUAUGAUGAUGAAUUCAAUAGCACCUCCACAGGAAAUGAAGGUAACAUUGCAUAUAAACAUGAACCAUGUACACCUGAGCAUUCACCAUCUGGGGUGGUUGAAACUUCACCAUGUCUAGGCCACACAGAUAUCAAAUCAACCGAACAAUCCAGUCUGGAUCAAGGAAACCUGUUAUCUGCUAUUUCACUUAGUAGAAAAUGGAAAAAGCAAGAGGCCAUGACCAGUGAGCAUACAGAUUAUGUAACCCCAGAUGUAAAGGCUGUCCAUGACGAAUUGUAUGACGAUUUGGGAGGAUCAUUUCCAAGUGAUAUUACUGCUGCCGAUGAAAUUGGAAAUGGCAAAGACGUAACCAUGACAGAAUCAUUCAGAUGUGAAAAUUCACCGUCUGAUAGUAAAGAACAUGAACCAGUGACAAAUACUUUGAAAAUCCCUCAGUCACAUCCUGUAGAACCAUCUACGUGUUCAACUGUCCAAAUAGAUAUAGGAGAUUUAAAGCCUUCAGGAUUUCAUGAUGUUCAGGUCUCAAGCAAAGAGCCCCUGCCUUCUAAUGCAAAUGACAAAGUGACACCACAAAUCACAAACACUAUUAAAGUAGAACAUAAAUCUGUGACUCCACCAAACAGUUCUCAUGAAGCCAAGGAAACACAGCAGAAAAGCUUCCCUAAUGCAAAAGUUAAUUUACUGGUAAGGUUCCCUGGAGGUUCUGACAUGGAACAUGGAGGUACAUUAUUAGAACCACCCCCAAGCAUCUCUCCUGAAAGAAGCACAAUAAUUGCACAGCUUGAUGAUUCUGCUGAAGAAAAGGGCACUGCUAUGGCACAGAAAGCAAAUUCUAGCACUGGAAUAGACAAGUUGGAACUGCAGUCUGCAAACGUUUCCACUGAAAAAUCCAAAUCAGUGGGAAAGCAUACCAGUUCUACUACCCAAGAGAAUAUUUCAGAAACAAUGACUUCUAAUUCACUUUGUAAACCCAGCGUUUUUGUUACAAAAGACUCGUCGGUGACAGCACCUGAGGACCUCAGCUGUCCAAAACAUGUGAUAAAUAAUAUGGAUGUGCUUACACCAGUAAAUCCAGAAAUCGAUGUAUCAUCUAUCAACUUAAGUUCUUCACAAAAUGCUGAGCUGUUUAUUCGCUAUAAGAAGAUCAAAGAAACGAUGUCCAAUGUAGGAGUAAAUGCUGGUUUAUGUAAAAAAUUCUGGGAUAUCUGCCAGGAAAAGCAUUGUAUGGAACUCUUCUUAAAGAAUAUUAAAAGCUCCAUAGAAUUAAUUACAGAGAAGAUUCGUGAAGGAAAGGCGUUAGAACAAGAAUAUCGCCAGGCAUUUAUGUUUCUGAUGGGAAGCAGUUAUCUUGAGGGAAUAAUGAUAAAGGAAAAAGAAGAAAUCCAACAAAGAAUGCAAUGUAUUGAAGAGGAGAAAGAAGAACUGUCCAAAAAAGUUACAUUCCUGACUGAUUUAUUGACUUGAUCCGAAGAAAAUGAUAUACAUCCUGAAAUAAUUAGCAGAACUAAUAAGAAUGUGACCUUUUGAGAAAUAUAUAUGUAUAUAAUCCUGAUAUGUUAUACCUGGUUCCACUAUUUUAUGAUCUAUACACAACAGAUUACCAUUUCCAUUAUAGUAAA